AUGACGGAGUAUCCAAAAGAUGGCGAGGAGCAAACCAAGGAUCGGAGAAGGGAUCAAUACACAGAGAUGAAAACCUUUUUCAGAAACCCCCCAAGCAAGUUAGAAAGAAACUCAAUUUCAUCUGGUCCAAAGUAUAUACUAAUGCGUCCAUUUAACUACAAAAGAAGUCCAAAAUACAUCAAGAGAGCACAAAGUUGGAAAGAAACUUCCAUUACUGAAGAGGAGUGGCAGAGUAUGGAGGAGAAUGAUAUAUCGAAAAUGGAAGGGCACGGAACAAUGCAGUCUCCGAUUUCUUCAGUUGUUGCAAUAGCCAUAACUGGGAACAAGAAUAGCAGAUAUGUGGUGAAAUGGGCAUUGGAUAAAUUUAUUCCAGAGGGAGAGACGCGCUUCAUGUUGCUACAUGUCCGCCCUGAGAUCACUGCUGUUCCAACUCCUAUGGGGAACUUGAUUCCUAUUGCACAAGUAAGAGAGGACGUAGCUGAUGCCUUCAGGAAGGAAGUUGAAUUGCAAGCAAGUGAAAAGCUUCUUCCUUACAAGACAAUGUGUAGUCGAAGACAGGUUCAAGUAGGAGUUGUUCAAAUUGAAUCAAAUGAUGUUAUAAAUGCAAUAGCAGGGGUAGUAUCCAAAUGUUCUAUCAACAAGCUUGUUAUCGGAACCUCAACCCCUGGCCUAUUUUCAAGGGGAAGAAACUUAUCUGCAAGUAUCUCGGAUACUGCUCCAACCUUUUGCACAGUUUAUGCUGUGUCAAAGGGAAAACUGUCAUCAGUGCGCCCCUCGACUACAGAAAACAACAGAUUCCUUGUCGAUGACAGCAGUGAUACAAGUAGUUCAUCCAACAAUUCUACAGGCCAUAGUUUUAGCUCACAAACAGAGAGGACGGACCGGGACCACAACUCAAAUGCACCUGCUUUUUACUCUCAUUUGUACUCUCCUACUAAUCAACCGCAACGUUAUCAAGCUAAAUCCCCAGUACAGCAGGCCCUCCAGACGCUUCUCCAUAAAAGAACAAAAUUCAGCAGAAACAUCCAAUCUAUAAGUUCAUCUGUCGACAUUGGAGAAGCGUUUCAAACCCUUUCAAUUAAAAGCAAUAGUCCUUCGCAUAAAAGAGAAAAUUUGGAUGAAGUCAUCCAUCCAAGAGCUCUAUCUGUUGCUAUUGGAGAAGCUGAGGAUGAAAAUAGUUGCUAUUUCAGUAGCUUGGGAAUUACUGAUCUCUACAAUCGUGCUUCAAGUUUCAAAAAAGCAAAAGUAGACAACCAAACAUGGUCAACAAGUCCGUCUUGCACCUCAGGUGCUCCAACAAAUUCUUCAACUGGAAGUCAGGUUAACAUCAAUUAUGACCUAGAAAAGCUGAGAAUUGAGCUCAGACAUAUUCAAGGAAUGUAUGCAAUAGCCCAAACUGAGGCAAUAGAUGCUUCUCAGAAGCUGAAUGAAUUUCAGAAGCUUCGAGUAGAGGAAGCAAAUAAACUUAAGCAGAUAAUCCUUAAAGCGGAGGAAGCGAAAGAAGUGGCAGAACAAGAGAAGUUAAAAUGUGAAACAGCAAAGAAGGAAGCUGAUUAUGCAAUGGAAUGUGUUGAAAGAGAAGCUGAACAAAGAAGAGCAGCAGAGAGCAUUGCCAACCGGGAGGCUAGAACUAAAGAAAAGCUAGAGAAAUUGUUGGUACUACCUUUGCGUCACUACCAGGAAUUCACGUGGGAAGAGAUUGUGACGGCUAGCUCAUCAUUCUCCGAGGAUCUUAAGAUAGGAAUGGGAUCAUAUGGAAUGGUCUACAAGUGCUAUUUGCAUCAUACAACUGCAGCAGUUAAAGUUCUGCAUUGUGCUGAGGCUCAUAGAACUAAGCAAUUUCAACAAGAGCUUGAAGUAUUGAGCAAAAUUCAUCAUCCUCACUUGUUAUUUCUCCUCGGUGCGUGCCCUGAAUGUGGUUGCCUAGUAUAUGAGUACAUGCAGAACGGAAGUUUGGAGGAUAGGUUGACAAGGAAAAACAACACACCUCCACUUCCAUGGUUUGACAGGGUUCGCAUAGCUUGGGAAGUUGCUUCCGCUCUUGCAUUCCUUCAUAACACGAAGCCCAAACCGAUCAUACACCGUGAUUUAAAGCCAGCUAACAUACUCCUUGAUCAUAACUUGGUGAGCAAAAUUGGAGAUGUUGGCCUCUCAACUAUGGUUCAGUCAGACUCUUCCUCGGCAAUGACCACAUUCAAAGACACGAGCCCAGUUGGCACACUCUGCUAUAUUGAUCCUGAGUACCAAAGGACAGGAUUAGUCUCUACAAAAUCUGAUGUUUAUGCUUUUGGAAUGGUCAUACUACAGUUGCUUAGUGCAAAACGAGCAAUAGCUUUAGCACACAUGGUAGAAAUGGCUAUCGAAGAGGAUAACCUGGUGGAGUUGCUGGAUAAAGAAGCCGGUGAAUGGCCUCUUCAAGAGACAAAGGAAUUGGCUGUACUUGCUCUAAAAUGCACUGAACUUCGACGUAGAGACAGACCUGACCUGAAGUAUGAAGUUCUCCCUGUAUUGGAGAGAUUGAAAGAGGUUGCUGAUAGAGCUCGACAUUUGAAAUAUAGUCAACCUCCACCUCCUAGUCACUUCAAAUGCCCCCUACUCAAGGAAGUGAUUAAGGACCCCUAUGUUGCAGCUGAUGGAUACACUUAUGACCGGAAGGCAAUAGAGUCAUGGCUCAUGGUCAAUGAUAAUUCGCCAGUUACGAAUUUACCAUUACCACAUAAGCACCUGCUUCCAAAUUAUGCACUUCUCUCUGCCAUCAAAGAAUGGAAGUCGGGGAAUCAUUGA